UUCAUCCAUGUCGAUUACAUCUUGGAGAUCAGCGUCACGCUGGAGGGAAGCAGGCCGCGCGCAUGUUUGUGCUAGAAACACGAGAGCGUGGAGAAGAUGUUAAUGUGAGGCACUUCCCAUGUUACCCACCGUGUUUGCACAUUAGCAAACAUCUUCGCGAUUCAGUAGCAAAAAGUAGCCGAAUAUUUCGUCAUUGUUAAGAUGCAUUUACGGUUUUUUCUUUUGGCUUUCAUACAGCCUGCCUUACGGUACACACACAGCAAUUAGGCAUGCAAAAUGCAAUUAAGUUAUCGAAAAUAUAUUAAAACCAUUACAAGUGAAUUAUCCCCCUUUGGGCGUACAGCUUGCACUAUACGUGUUUUUCCCUUGACGCGUUGGGCGUGUGCCCUCACCUAGGCGCUGUUCCUCAUUAGAGUUCCCGUGAAGCGCGCUGCCGCGAAGCGCGCUACCGAGCGCCUCUAGUCCGCUCGAAAUGGGCCUCGAAAAGGAGAAAUCCGAGACUAAGGUACUUGUGGAUCAUAUUGACGGUGAUGAUGGUGGCGAUCUCAGCCGAUCAAUGAGACCGAUUCUGGGCUGGAAUGAGAAGGUGUCCCGGGUGACUGAAGACAGAGAUCCUCACGGCAUAAACACAGAGCUGCAGGUUGGCUUUCCAGACAUCAUCGGCGAGCCGCCCGGCGUCCGCAGUUUUGACGCGGUGUGGAUCUGCAGCCAUGCCGCUCUGGAGCUGCUGAAAUACUCGCUUUACCGGCUGCUCACCGCUCUGCUCGCGGUGCCAGUGUCGUUCAUCGCCGGACUUCUGUUCGCCGUCACCAGCUGCAUAAAUAUUUGGCUGAUCACGCCCUUGAUGCGGAGCUGUGUCAUGGCCAUGUCCCCGGUCAAAACCGUCUGGAGCAGCUGGACCCUGCUUUUUGUCGAGCCCUUCUUCCGGAGUACAGGCCGAUGCCUUGCGUCACUUAGUGUCCAAGCUGAGGAUCACUGAGACGUGGGGAACCUCCAGAGGCUGAUGCCUUCACUCGGAGGAACGUGCUUAUGAGCAAUGCCCUUUGCUCACUUUAUUAAUUUAGAGAGUAAAACAAACGUAUUAAUAUGAACAUUAUUUGUCUGCAACAUUUGGUGUCAUAUGAACAAAAUGUGGCAUAUCGCUGAAUAGUACUAUGUGGCAUUUUCACUAUACCAUGUUAUUCGAAUUCCUGCCUUAACGAGCCAUAAAUAUAUACCAAUUCUGGGUAUCCAAGUGAAGAAAUCUAGGCGAAACAAGUGCCAUCCGAACGCAGAAGAAGCAUAUCAAUGAAAUGAAAUGAGGGCGAGUACCGAUUCCCAGUAACGAAUCAUUACAGUAAGAGCCCAAAACAGAAGGUACAUUUAUUGUUUUUUAAAAUAUUGUUUUCAUAUCCUAUUUUUCAAUAUAAAUGUGCCUAUUAAAUGUCUUUAUAAACUGCUAGAAAAAAGGGGUACAGCCCUUGUAGAUUGUACAGCUAGGGUACAAUUGGCAGACCCUUGAGGUUACAGCCCCUGUGACACAUAAUUGUACCCUCAAAGGUACACAUUGGUACCUAUGUACCUUGGAAUUUUUUCUGACAGUGUAUUACUAUAAAAUGUAAUAUAUAGUACUGGAAAAUAAUAAUAAAAGAAUGAAUAUAAACACAAAUGCAUAUUACAUGUUUGUUAUGCUGAAUUUUGGGUGUCACGGAGAGUUGGGGAGAUUAAUUAGGUUUUCGUGGAUGGACGAGGAACCAGUUACCCUGAAAUCACAGGGUAUAAACACAGGUGUCUUCUUAUCUGUGAUGCAAGAUUGGGAUUGAACUUGUGAUUGUAAUAUGGAUCUGUGUGAUUUAUGUAUGUUUUUGUUUAGCUUUUGUUACAGCUGACCGGUUUUAAUGCUCUGUAAGGGUGUUUUUGGCAAAGUGAAGCAGUUGUUGUUAUUUGCCCGACAAUAACACAAUAAUAAAAACAGAAUUAACGCGUGGCUCUGCAUCAUGGGAGAUAUUCAAGGUGAGAUGUAAUCUGAAAGUGUUAGGCUUGGUCCUAUCAGGGCAGGAGGUGUUGCUGGUGAUCCUGUUUCCUCUGUCUUGUAGCCCUAAGUCCCUAGUGUGUUUCCCUGCUCCCUGGGCUGCCGCUUAGCUUAAUGGGUUGAGUGUGUGGUUUUAUGGCUAUACCCCUUUAGUCCUGAGUUUGAGGCUCACCUGUUGUGUAUUUUUUAUUAGUUUAUUCCUUGUGUUUCUGUACAUGAGCAGUUACUAAUAAACAGCAAGUUUUUGUUCA